AUGUCCUCCACCAAUAUUAGACCAAAGCACGUGGACCGCACCUUUGCUCCUGGCAUCGGUAUACGCACUCUACCUCUAGUAGAAAGCAUACCAUCUAACCCCCCAAGGUCCACCAUAGCUAUCAUGUCAUUCGGCGAAAUGGGAACUGGCAUCGCCACCCUACUAAAGAAAUACUCCUAUCCGGUAGUCACAAAUCUCGAUGGACGAAGUGCUAAAACGAAAGCACGCGUAGAGGCGCUUGGGGUGAAAUGCCUUCCACUAACCGAAUUGGUUGCGGAAGCAUCACUCUUCCUUUCACUCCUACCCCCAGCUGAAGCUCAUAGGCUAGCAGAGACUGUGGCAAGAGCCUUCCAAGAGUCCAAACCCUCCAGCAGAGAACUCACAUAUCUCGACCUGAAUGCCAUUGCUGGCAUGAGCUUUCUAGACGGAGCACUCCUGGGAUUCCCACCCAGAGAGCUAGAAAAUAACGCCUGGUUCCAGCCUGCGAUGCUCCUCGCCGGUCCCAAGCCCAAAGUCGGCCCUGGUCCAUGGUCAGAAGAGCUCCUUAGUAUCCUCAAUAUCCGCCACGUCGGCGGCGACUUCGGCGCCGCCAGCGGUCUUAAGACAUGCUUCAGCGCCAUUCACAAAGGACAAUCUGCAGUCGCCAUUCAAGCCUACACCACAGCGGAGAAUCUCGGAGUCUUGCCUGCGCUCAGGAAACACAUGACUGAGUAUUUCCCCACGAGUACGCCGAUAAUCGAGAGCAGCAUCUUCAAUGCUCAGAGGAAAGCAUAUAGAUGGAUCAAAGAGAUGGAUGAGAUUGAAGAUACUUUUGCCAGAGAGGGUGGUUGGGAUAGGGAUCUUUUUCACGGCGUUUCGAAGGUGUUUGGAGUGGUGGCGGAGAAGACUGAUUUGAGGAGUGAGAAUAAGGAGGAUGUGGGGGAUAUUACGACAGAGAUCUGUGCUGGGUUGAGAAGGAAGAGUAUUUGA